AUGGAGGAAAUCGACCAAGAGUUCAACAAUUACUGGGAACCUAACUCCUUCCUCCCAAACGAAGACUUCGAAUACGACAGCUGGCCUUUGGAGGAAGCCAUUUCUGGGUCUUAUGAUUCGAGUUCGCCUGACGGAGCGGCCUCGUCGCCGGCUUCUAAGAAUAUUGUGUCGGAGAGAAACAGAAGACAGAAACUUAACCAGAGACUCUUCGCUCUCCGAUCAGUUGUUCCCAAUAUCACCAAGAUGGAUAAAGCAUCGAUAAUCAAAGAUGCUAUUAGUUACAUACAAGGUUUACAGUGUGAAGAAACGAAGCUCGAAUCUGAGAUCAGAGAACUUGAAUCUACGCCAAAGAGUAGCCUGAGUUUCAGUAAAGAUUUUGAUCGCGAUCUACUGGUUCCUGUCACAUCCAAGAAGAUGAAGCAGCUUGAUUCUGGUUCUUCCCGUUCUCUCAUCGAAGUUCUCGAAUUGAAGGUAACAUUCAUGGGAGAGAGGACAAUGGUGGUGAGUGUAACAUGUAAUAAGAGGACAGACACAAUGGUGAAACUGUGUGAAGUCUUUGAGUCAUUGAAUCUCAAAAUUAUCACUUCCAAUCUCACCUCUUUCUCUGGCAUGAUCUUCAACACUGUCUUUAUUGAGGCGGAUGAAGAAGAACAAGAGGUGCUGAGGUUCAAAAUAGAGACAGGAAUAGGAGCUUAUAAUGAAACUCAAAGUCCCACUUUGAGCAUCGACUCUCUUUACUAA